AUGCUUCGACUUCCCUUCCAUACUUCCAUGGACAUACUCAGCAGCGGAACUACUCCACUCUCCACUCUCCGUCACCCUGAUCAGACCGCGGCCGAAGUCGCUGUCGAUACACUCUACAAUCGUGGCCCUCUUCGUUGCCAUGAUAUUGAUUAUUCAUUUGAUGAAUACAGCCCAAUGUUGGCAUCAAUCUCUUUCAAAGGUGCGAUUGAGAAAGUUCAAAACAUUUUGGCACAAGCGAUGAGUUUAAGGCGGCUGUAUCAGAUGCGAAGCAAGCAGUUUCGUUCAUGGAGAAACACACCGAUUACUACUCCGCAGCGCGUUAUGCUGAAGUUUCAAGAGCUUAUACCCCAAAAUAUGGACAAACUUGCUAUGAACAUUACGACCGAGCAAAGGAAGACCUUGAAGGAUGCGCAUGGUGAUAUCUUCUGUGGACUAGAGGUUGUGGAGCAUGCGUGUGGAAUGGCGACACUACAGAUGGGUGAAUAUGUGCCUAAUGUAUCGAAUGGAGUCAAUACGUAUAGUGUUAGGGAGCCAUUUUGUGUUUGUGCUGCCAUUUGUCCAUUCAACUUCCCAGUUAUGAGUCCUUUAUGGAUGUUUCCCGCUGCUGUGACAUGUGGUAAUACCUUCAUUCUAAAGCCAUCAGAGAAGGAUCCUGUACUUGCUUUCACCAGUGCUUCUGUAAUGCUUGCUGAGUUGGCAAUGGAAGCUGGAUUACCUGAUGGAGUUCUCAGUAUCGUUCACGGCAACAAUGAUACUGUCAAUGCUAUCUGUGAUCACGAGGAUGUAAGGGCUGUUUCUUUUGUUGGCUCUAACACUUUCAGUGAUUCUUUAGGCUUUUGUGUGAAGCUGGGUGUUCAGAAGAAAGCUUUAGUGGAUCAUAGUAGUUUCUUUGCUAAGAAACUCGCUGCGAAAGACUCGGUUUUCGCUUGUCUUGAGAUUGAGAGCUGUGAAGACGCAGAGAUAUACGUUGAGACUAUUGGUCUUAUGUAUUAUAAAGAAAUGAAUCAACGUCUCAUGAAACAGAACGUAAGCAGAGUCCUUCGUGUCCUCAAGAGGUUCUUGGUUUCAGUUCAUGUAUUCAAUCUUAUUUGGAUUACUUAG